GCUCUCUCUCUCUACAGACAGCUUACGCUUAGGUGUGUGUGCGUGUGAGACUGUUUGGGUAUCUCUUCUCAUCUCCCUCUCAUUCUCUCAGUUUCCUGCAGCCAUGGCUGGUCAACACACAACAAGACUCCUCUUCGCCUUCGCCUCCCUCUCUGUGUGCCUCGUCCUCUUCACCCAAGCUGAAGCCUGCAUCACCGCAGAGAUCAGGGUCGAGCGUGUGGUUUGGUCCACCUCUUACAACCUCAGCUGUGCACGCUUAAAAGGAGAUGAGCGUAUUGUGACCCUAGAGAAAGAGAAACAGCGCGUCCAUAACUUUACCAUCCUAGGACAGAAUACCGCUGUGGAGGUGAACGAAAACCUGCGUCUGCUGGUGGAAGGAGACAGGGUGGUGUACGAGUUCAAACAGGUGACAGAGCGGGAGGCGGGGGUGUACACCUGUGAGCUGCAGAGGAACUACCCCCCACCUUAUAAGGCUGAGGUCCGCAUGUCUGCUCUUUUUACAGAACCCCUACAACGACUGACUCUGGAGCCCGGUCCCCCUCGGCUGAAUGCGUCCAAGGAGGAGCACCAGACGAGCCCCGUGCCCUCAGAGGUCUGCCCGCCUCCCGUGGGCCUCUGGUCGGUCUGUAUAGGGGUGUCCAUGCUCUGUGCCGUGGCCAUCGUCAUCGCCCUGGUGCUGGGGCACAAACUGUACAGGAACGCCAGACAGAGCACGAGUACAUCAACACUAGACCAGCAGAGUCCAAACGGCCAAGGGGGGUGCAGCACCCAAAAUGGCCAGGCAAGUUCUGAACCCCCCCCCCCUCAAAAAAAGGACGAUAACACACCAAGUGAACUCUGAGAAGAGACUCCAAACACAAGGCCCAAAAGUAUUAUUUUUUUUUCCAUUUCCAAAGUCCACUUUUCAACCUGAUGUGAAAACAAAUAUUCAGCUUUGUUUUGUCACAUUCCUGCUCAGUGUCAGCUAUAAUUGGUUGUCUCUUCAUCUGGAAACAUAGAUGUCAUCUUCACCCCUUGAUGUGCAUAUUAUAGACUGACUCUUUGCCUUCACAGUCAUAUUUGGUACUUGCCUUGAUAUGUAGACUACUUGUUAAUACCAAUAAAGAAUUACAGUUUUUUACAA